CGCGCAAACAGCUGGGCGUUUUGUAUAGUUAGCGUAUUUUAUUUAUUCUCCAAAAGACACACAAUAUGGAAUAUGAUGAGCACGGUGUAACUCUGGACUGCUUAAUAAGCAUAUUUAUGUUUCUCCCUGAAGAUGACUUAAUCAGAGUGUCGUGUGUUUGUAAGGAAUGGCACGAAGCUGCAGAAACACAGUGGUUAUGGAGACAGCUGUGUCUGCGUCGCUGGGCUUUCUGUAAUGUGGCCCAGCUGUUAUCAGACACCACGUCUUACACGUGGAAGCGUUAUUAUCUCCAUCGCUCUACCAUGGAGCUGAACAUGAAGUCUGGGAGACCAGGAGAAGACUACAGCUGUAAGAGCCUGAGAGGACACACAGGUCGGAUCGUUGGGUUCUCCUACCUGAAGGGAAACAGUGCUUUUCAGGACACGUGGAACUUCACGCCGAUCGUCUGCAGCGCCUCCACCGAUGGAACCCUCAAAGCCUGGGACAUUCACAAGGGUGUCACUCUGUGGUCCAGCUCGGCUCAGAACCCACUGACGUGUAUCAUCACGGACCCAGAGCAGGAGGUUGUGAUCACGUCAGACAGCAGUGGGACGAUUAACACGUGGCAGGGACGAACAGGGGAGCUGCUGAGCUCCUUCUCCUCCGGCUCGUCUCGGUGCACGCUAAUGACGUUCAGCGCUGAAGGAAAAUCUUCCGUCAUGGUGGGAACAGCUCUGGGAUCCUUCGUGGUCUUGACGUCACCACAUCUGACUGAAACGUCACGGCAUGUCGUGUGCGACUCGUUCAGCUUGAACGUUCUCCUCUCGUCUCCUGAUAAGAAGUGGAUUCUCACUGCGUCCAAGGACAACUCCGAUUUAAGCCCAAAGGUUUUCAGCACUCAGAGUGUGUGUUGUCCAGAGGAAGACACUGAAGCGGUGUGUGUGAAUUUACCCAUCAGUGGCUGCAGAGCUGCAGCGUUUUUUCCCUCGUCGUCUGCGCGAGUCGCCGUCGUUCACAACACGCCUUUCAACCACAAAACUCUGUCUGUGUUCGAGCUCAGCAUGAAAAAGACCAGAUACAAGCAGGAGGCUCAGGUUCAGCAGGUUGAAUCUUUCCAGCUGGAUGUAAACGUUCUGCACUCAGACGUGGUUCUCCAGGUGAAAGGGAGCAGCGUGGUUCUGCUUACUGACGCUACUGAGCUGAAGGUCUACAGCAUUAAAGGCGAGCUGUUGUCCAGCUUUAAGGACCAUCUGCAGCCCAUCACGGCAGUGUGUGUGGAUGAUUUCCGGGUGGUUACGGCGUCACGGGAUUUGUCUUUGCAAGUGCUGACGUGGAGGAAGGACGCAGAUAAAACGUUAACUCUGGAGAGUCAGUAUCACCUGCUGGGAGGCUCACACACCAUGUCCAGAGGAUUCACUGCGGUGGCGUGUGAUUACGCGAGUAUCGUCGCCUCUGUGGAAGGUGUUAAUGGGAAGGACGUCCUGAAGGCCUACAUCUUUAAUGCAUGAACAUGGACCUUUUAAUAAACAAGCAUCAUCACA